AUGGCCACACCGGAGCGAGGAGCCUGGGGCGGAAAGUUGGAGUUCAUCCUGACGUGCAUCGGAUCGGCUGUGGGACUUGGGAAUGUUUGGAGGUUUCCGUACUUGCUGUUCAGAAAUGGAGGAGGAGCAUUCCUCAUUCCAUUUCUGAUCAUGCUUUUCCUCAUUGGCAUUCCGCUUUUUUUUCUUGAAAUAACUUGGGGACAGUUUGCCAGCCUGGGACCGCUAGCGAUAUUCAAAUUUUGUCCAAUAUGGAAAGGUCUGGCUUAUUCAAUGUUGAGUGUGAACCUCAUGGUCUUCCUCUACUACAACAUCAUCAUCAGCUGGUGCAUCUACUACUUCUUCGCUUCACUGACCACCCAGCUGCCAUGGCAAUCCUGUGGAAAUGCAUGGAACACACAUUUCUGCACCACCGCUGAUCAGUUUAAAAAUAUUUCAGAAUCUAGAAGCAUGUUUGUGUGGAGAGAUGAGGUGAACAUUUCCAGGUACGAUUUGAAGACGCCAAGCGAAGAAUAUUUCUAG